AUGCCCUUCCUUCGGUACACGCGCUUGACGGUCUGCGUCGAUACUCCUGCUCAGUGCCAGGCGAUUAACAGUGGCAAUAACAUUUUGAAGACCUGUGAGUUGGUUGCUGUUAGGGCUCUUAAUCAGACCGCCUUCGAUCACGCCUGUGAGAAAUAUGAUGUUGAUAUAAUUGCUAUUGAUUUCUCAGAGAAGCUGCUGUUCAGGUUGAAGCUGCCAAUGGUUAAAUCUGCUAUGGGGCGCGGCAUUUACUAUGAAAUUACGUACUCUGAUCUUAUUGUUGAUGUUCAAGUCAGGAGGCGAAUGAUAUCAAAUGCCAAGAAUCACAACAUAAAGAUUGUGCAUAAGGAUGUAAUAAAGAAAGCUCAGAUUCUUGAAGCCUAUGUUAUUAUGGGAGUAGGACUGCGGCUGCAGUACUUUGUGUAA